AUGAAGCGACGAAUUCUACUCCUAUUUUUAGCCUCAAACAACCACCACAACUAUGCCGCCAACAACUACCACAACUAUGCCUCCAACAACUACCACAACUAUGCCUCCAACAACUACCACAACAGUGCCUCCAACAACUACCACAACAGAGCCUCCAACUACUACAACAACAGAGCCUCCAACAACCACCACAACUAUGCCUCCAACAACUACCACAACUAUGCCUCCAACAACUACCACAACUAUGCCUCCAACAACCACCACAACUAUGCCUCCAACUACUACCACAACUAUGCCUCCAACAACUACCACAACUAUGCCUCCAACAACCACCACAACUAUGCCUCCAACAACCACCACAACUAUGCCUCCAACAACCACCACAACUGA